GCGAGUUCGGGUCGGGAAUAUAAGAUGAGCUGAUAAUUCACGUCUCUCGAUGCUAAAAAAAUUCGUUUCUUACGUAUUUUAACGUACUAAUAUUCUCAAGCCCUAAAAUCUCGAUCUGCAAAUCUCUACAGAUUCCACCAAGAACUCACUAGGAAACUCAUCACGCCUCAAGAUUUUCUUAUAUGUACCGAAAUCGUCAUUGUAAGCAUCAAUUUUGUGGAAAAAGUAGUGACUUCGAUCUUUCUGAAGGCAUCAUUUGAUAAUUACUGUCUGAGAAGUUGUCUUGUAAUUGAGGAAUCUCUCUAUGAUUGUUGUGGAAUUAGGAUUUUAUUGUUAUUUUUCUGGAUGCAUCAUCAUUUUGUAUAGAUGCUUGUUAGACGGGAUCUAGGGUUUCCCUCCCUGGUGUUCCUGGUUGUGGUUGUGGUUGUGCCAGUGAUCGUGCUCAUUAUCCGUCGAAAAUUACGGCAUUCGGUAGCGAGAAGUGAGGAGAUUAAGAGGCUUGUGGUAUCGGCUUCAGAGGAGUUAGCUAGGGCUGAGUUUGAAGCCCGAGAAUCGUACUAUUACACUGCGAACGCUACGCCCUCGGCUAGGGUUUCGGUUUUGACUCCCGCUUCGGUUCCGACUUACGUGUCGAUUCCAUUGGGCUCUCCGUUGAAACCGCAAUACCAAUGUGCUGUUUGCUUUUGUCCCACCACCACGCGUUGUGCCAAGUGCAAAGCUGUUCGUUACUGCUCUGGGAAAUGUCAAAUAAUUCAUUGGAGACAAGGCCACAAACAUGAGUGCCGUCCCUAUGUUGCUGUGAGUCCAAUCAAUGAUGAGGGAGGCAGCUCUUAUAGGCAAGUGGAUCAUGAAGAUCAAAGUGACACUUUUGAUACUGAAGCUCAGCAAACUUUUACAUCGUCUGUGACUGGGAGAUUCCCAGAAAAUUCUGAUAACAAGGAUGAUGAAUCAUCCCUUGCUCACCAGCAGGGUAGUACUAAAAUUUCUGCAGGUAUUACUGUUGAGAACUUAGUGAAAUCAUUGCACCAGACAUUGGGUAGCCCUGCCAGAAAGUCUACUGGUUUAGGGAAGAACAAUCUUAAAAGAUCCAAUCCAAGUGAUGAAGAUGCUCAGUCAAGUUCAUCUUGUUGGACAAACAACGCGUCUUCAUUUUCUGAGCCUUCUACAACAUCUUCUGGUUUCUGGGAUACGACUGUUGAUAACAAGAAAUCGAGUAUCAAUGAUCAUGAUGAUUUUGCCUCAGCUGGCAGUUACACUGCUAAUCAGAAUAGCAAUAUUGCGAAUGGAUGUAUUGCUGAUAAAGUCAUAAUAGAUGGUUUGGGAAAUAACAAGUUCAAUGAUUGCAGUGAUUCGUCAAAGGAUGAUACUUCCAAGUUCAGGGAGUCUAAAAAUUCUCCUUCUCAUCGUGCUUCAGUGCUUAAAGAUGAUAGCUUAUAUGAUAUUUCCAGUAACAAGAGUAGGAUUUCCCACACAUCCAAAUCUAGGGAAAUAAGUUCAUCACCAAAAGCUCCCAACACCAGUAGUAGACAUCCAUCUCAUGCUACAAAGCCUGUGAAGGUGGAUGAUGACACCGUUUCUUCACCCAAACUCACAGAAACUUGUCGUAUUAGAAGUGGAUCCAAGACAUCAAAAUCAAAAGCUGUUGACCAGGUCAAGCCCUCUAAGUCAUUAGAGGGAGUAAGUGACAGAUACGCUUUCAAGGGUCUCUUCCCAUACGAAAUGUUUGUCAAGCUGUACGCCUCAAAAAAGAUUGAAUUGCAGCCUUGUGGCCUAAAAAAUUGCGGAAACAGCUGUUAUGCUAAUGCGGUGCUCCAGUGCCUGAUAUACACUCCACCUCUGACUGCUUAUUUUCUGGAAGGGCUUCAUUCCAAAGCAUGUGAUAAGAGAGGAUGGUGCUUCACAUGUGAGGUUGAAGGCCUUGUUAUGAAGGCAAAAGAUGGGAACUCUCCGUUGUCUCCCAUUCGCAUACUUACCCAUAUUGAAAACAUCGGAAGCAAUCUUGGGCAUGGGAAAGAAGAAGAUGCACAUGAGUUUCUAAGGUAUGUUAUCGAUGCUUUGCAAGCAGUUUGCAUCAAGGAAGCUGCAGGAGCAAAUGCCUUGAACUCUUUGGAAGAAGAAACAAGUCUGAUUGGGCUUACCUUUGGGGGUUAUCUACGGUCUAAGAUCAUUUGCAUCAAGUGUGGAGGCAAAUCGGAGAUGCAUGAAAGGAUGAUGGAUCUGACAGUUGAAAUAGAAGGCGAUAUAGGAACUUUGGAAGAGGCUUUGGAUAAAUUUACAUGUUGUGAGAUUCUGGAUGGUGAAAACAAAUACAAAUGCAGCAGGUGCAAAUCCUAUGAGAAAGCCAGAAAGAAACUGACGUUGUUGGAGGCUCCUAAUGUGCUUACUAUUGCAUUGAAGAGAUUUCAGUGUGGUAAAUUUGGGAAGCUGAACAAAUCGGUUGAGUUCCCAGAGAUUUUAGACAUGGCUCCGUAUGUUAGUGGGACAAGUGAUAAGUCGCCAGUUUACAGGCUUUAUGGGGUGGUGGUUCAUGUGGAUACCAUGAAUGAUGCCUUUUCUGGUCAUUAUGUUUGCUAUGUUAAGAAUCAUCACAACCGAUGGUUCAAAUUUAACGACACCAUGGUGAACGAGGUGGAUCUUCAACAUGUAUUGACAAAAGGCGCAUACAUGCUCUUUUAUGCAAGGUGCUCCCCACGGGCCCCACGAUCAAUACGCAGCUCAAUAAUCCAGCAUCAAGAUCCACGGAAACAGAAAACAUUCGUUCACUCCACUGAACCUUGGGAGGCUUGCAAUUACCAGCCAGCUUCUCAGCCUGGGCACCGGCAGCGGAGUCUGGAGGAGGAAUCUUCCUCCUCCAGUGACAACUCGGGGUUCUUCUCGGAGUCAUGUUCUUGCAGCACAGACAGCAGCACCCAAAGGGACUCCAGUGAUCACAUUCCGGGUGACUGGGAACAUGAUUACUGGAACAACAGCAGCACCAACAUCAACACCAACACCAACACCAACACCAACAUGAACGUGACCUCGUCGGAUUCCGACACCUCAUCCACGUCUUCCUUUCCAUCCCCGUUGUACUCCAGGCUUUCUCACUUGUACACUUCAAGGACAAAUGAGGAUGAAUGUAGAAAGUUAGAUUGUAGCUGUAAUAGUUGUAGUAGGGUUAGGGUAACUAACUUGAACCUGGAUAGAUUAGGGUCCAAACCAAGUGCAAGUGUAACCUUUAGAAGAUCGGCAACCAGGGGAAUGUUGGACUAA